AUGAUCAGCGAUAAAGUCGUCAACUACUUGCUGCUUCUGAGCUCGAUACUUGCUUCCGCGUCUGGUUAUCUAACCAUCAUCUACGACAGGAAGCGAAAUGAGCCACGCGUGUCGACGUUGUUGGUUAUCUACAGCAUGCUGCUGGCGGUGAUAUGCACCAUCACGUACCAGAGCACCCAGUUCUUGAUGAGUGAUCCUCGCUAUCGCCACGGUUUUAAGGCAUCCAGCGUUAACAUGGCGAUCGGUGCGAUCCAGGGCCAGGUGGUACUGCAUACGUUGCAAUCCUCCGCGAUCCGGCGUUAUCAGAAGCGUUUUCAAAUCUCCGAACUGAUGCGAGAGGUGUAUCAGCUGCAGAAAGAGCUCUUCUCAGCACCGGAGUUUGAUCUGCGUUGGAUGAAACUGCGCAUCCUGCGUAAGCUCGCCAUCAGCCAAGUGAUCGUGGUGGGUAGUUUUCUGAUGGCAGUCUUCCAGCUUAUCGAAUCGGGCGAUGAUGACGUACGCUAUGAGUUGUUGCGGUUGUGCGUCUUCUAUUACCCGAAAGUGACCGUCAUCUGCUCGGUUUCGGUGUACUACGCCGUGAUGAUGUUUGUGAAGAAUUUGCAUUACGCGCUGAACGAACGGCUGAAGCAUCUGCUACGGGAACACUCCGAUGGUCCGGGCAUUGGAACGCGAGGAUACGCACGCACACAGCACUCGGUUUACAUUCGCACCAAGCUAAGCUAUCUGGCCGAUGCACGGUACCGCAUUGCCGAGUGUACUGGUAAAAUGCACAAGCUUUACCAGCAAAUGAUGCUUUCCUGCAACUUCCUGUGCAUGACGUUCAUCGUUUCUCAGCUGUACCACUUUUUCGAGAUACUUUACCUGCACUAUCGGACGCAGAGCGGUCUGUCGCUAGCUGGACUGAGCCACGAAGCACUGUCCUGUUUGAUUUGCUUUUUUGAGGUGUACUCCAUCGCCGAAGCUUGCGAAUCUGUUCGUGGACAGGUAGGUUGGAUUUGUUUUUCAUCCAAAGCUGUACUUGAAACCACACCGAUAAAUCUAUCUGAUAUACGCUGAUUUCCUGUUUUUUUGCAGUCUCUCAAAACGCAGAAACUUCUGCUUCGGUUCAAUCUUACCCCGUUGGACCACAAGCUGAAGCAAACAAUCGAAGUAUUUGCACUUCAGACGCUGCAUCAACCCGUAGAGUUCACCGCGUCUGAUAUGUUCACAAUGGAUUACACGAUUCUAUUUUCGAUAGUUGCCUCCGUUACAAAUUAUCUCAUCAUUCUGAUCCAGUUUGAGAUGGCCGUCGAGAAAUAA